ACGAGGCGACGCUCGGUGGCGAAACGCUUCUCUGCCGAAGGUCAGAGAAGAAGACGCGUAUCCCGUUUUCAAAUGAUAUAGAAUAAAUAUAUUUUUAAAAAAAUGAGAAAAUGCACGAGAGUCCAUAAACACUGUCGUAAAUCGAGAAUCGCGAGGAUGUCAGAGAUGCUGACGUUGUCGCACCUACGAUUCCCGUUGACUAUGAAACCGCGUUGACGUACUCUUACGUAAUUAUUCGUUGCAAGGUAUAUAGAAAAGGACGCUGGGAUUUUCUCGUGUCGCUACAGACAGGAUCGCGUGCUGCGUACUAUUUAAUAUAUUUUACAAGGAGAUUUUCUCGCUCGGAGAAAAUGAUACUUUCGACACGGGUACGCGGAUCGACUGCGGAACCGUGCGUGCACCAGAACGGAAAGUAAUCUACGGGUUGCAAUUAUGUAAAUUUUUCAACGUGGAGAGGAGAAUCGAGGGAUUUAUCGAGUUAGAAGGAAGGAGGAAAAAAAGCUUGGAGUAAAAUGGGUUUAGGUUGUUUAUAUUCUGGUCCAUCGUUAUAAAGUAGGAAACGUCAAUAGGGAAGGUACGUGUUAUCGGUGCGUAAUCGUAAUACGUUGAAGAUAAUCCAAGACGAGGAAACGAAAUCGGAUUUGUAAUGUAAUCAAAAUUACUGCACUCCCUGAAGCUCUGUAGGGGAGAAGGUAGGGUGCGGGGGUUGGAGAUUAAUUUUCUAACGGAUUUAAACCGACAGUGUUCACCGGGCAUGAGCUCGAACGGACUGGCUCCUAGAUGGUCAGGAAGUGAGGGAGUGAGGGGGGAAGGAUUUAAUGAAAAGAAAAGAUUUUAAAGAAAGCAGGCGAAGAAAGGGAGUGAAGCAAGAAGAAAUGUUCAGGUGGUCUGAAAUCGGGAACUGAAGUUAUCGUUAAUCGAGAAUUCCUAUACUGUCUGGUACUUAAUGAUGUAUAGAAACUGUGAGUUUUUUAAUUCUGUAUUUUUAUGAUGAUCGUAUGACGUCGAUAAUAAUAAUAACAAUUACACCCGCCCAAUUAAUAAUAAAGCUGUGUGCUUCUGUUGUAAAGUGUACGAUAAAUUGUUAAUUACUAGAGAAUCAUGUCUGCCUAUAGUGACCCUGUGACACCUUAUUAGUAUAUGCUAAUAAUAAUUUAUAUAAAUAUUGAUGUAUAAUCGAUUGACCUGUCGUGGCUGUUUAUGAAUUCGCGGAGAAUUUUUCUUGCUUGGGUCUUUAUUGGUUGGCGAAUAAAACGCGUAUAAAUGGAAUUUCGGGCGGUUAACGAUAAGUCCUUGUGAGCUGAGAUUUCCGGGAGUGUCGUGGGCUGCGUAGCGGUUCAGCUGUCGUGUACUAGUUAACGUGAGAUUCUCCUGUUAGAAAUUAGAAACAGGGGUGCGAAAGGGAGAGAGGGAAAGUAAAAUUGAAGAAAUAAUAAAAGAAAAAGUAAAAUAGAAGAAGAAGAAGAAGAAGAAGAAGAAGAAGAAGAAGAAUAAUAAUAAUAAGGGAGAACAAGUGCGAAAGGAGCUAAAUUAACGAGAGACGAUUAUCGUAGAGGUAUAUUAGUGAAAUAACUUGGGUGUGCAGAUGCGUAGGGAUUUAAUUAAGGGAUAGAAAAUGGAUACCUCGCCGACCCUUAGUUUAGGAGGAUCUAGGGCUAGGGCUGCCCUUUUGGCUACCACUGGCUCUGGUACUGGAAGCAGUGAUAGACGUGUUGUCUUUUUGGCUAGUCAGCCUAAUGUUUCUGUCACACAUGACACAAGAACAUGGCCUCAUCAUUGGUCUCCACACAUGACGGGAAACAGCUACAAAUCGCCGGAGGAGUCGCCGCCCUCGGAGCACAAGCUAAGAAUGCCACGUGGACAGAGCAACUGGUCGGACGAUGCUGGUAAUUCAAACAGUAUACCAAGGCAGAGUACUCCACAUCAGAAUCCUGGACCAUCCUCCAGGAGCAAUCCACCCAACAACGAAUCGCCUUCCUGCAACGGGUUCAGGUUAGGAGUUUACGGCUGGCGGAAAAGAUGCCUCUACUCCCUCGUCCUGGGACUCAUGGUCAUGGUCAUUCUUAAUCUCGCCCUUACGCUCUGGCUCCUCAAGGUCAUGGAGUUCAGUUCGGAGGGUAUCGGCUCGUUACGGGUAGUACCAGGAGGUGUGGAAUUAAGAGGACAGGCCGCAGUCUUGGACGCUCUGGUGGCAUCGUCCGUACGAUCCCGUAGAGGAAGAAAUUUGAUUUUGGAAUCAUGGAGCAAUUUCACAGCCUCAGCCAGGGCGCACGAUGGUCGUCUUCUGGCCAGAUUCACUCUAGCUGAAGAUAAACUCGACUGCAUUUCCAAGGGUUUUCACAUAACAGAUCCUAGUGGUAAUACCCUGUUCUCUGCGGACGAGGAUCAGGUUGUCGUAGGGGCGAAGGUGCUGCGCGUAACAGGUGUCGGUGGUGCUGUCUUCCAAGGAAGUGUCCAGACGCCAGUGGUCAGGGCGGAAUCUGGUCACGGACUCAAAUUAGAAUCCUCAACGAGAGAUCUGGAGGUCAGAGCGCCACAGAGGAUCGUGAUCGAAUCCUGGGCAGGUGAGAUCACAGCAUCCUGUCUGAGGGACAUGAUGUUGCAGAGCGUCGCAGGCGCCGUGAGAAUCGACGCCAAGUCCGUCUUCCUGAAAGGUCUGAGAACCGCCAGUCCAAGACAGAGUCAUACUGGCUCUGAGCAGCAUUCAAGAUCGCAUCAAUCAUCCCAUGAGAUAACGGUCUAUCAGCUGUGCGCAUGCGCAAACGGAAAGCUCUUUCUCGCCAGGCCAGAAGGAGUCUGUCAGGCUGACGACAGAAGCGUGUGCUCGUAGUCCAGCGCGACUCGCUGAUCUGGAAAGAAGUUCAUCGACACGAUUCUGAUGAUAUCAGGCUUUCAUUCAAAAAAAAAAGAAAAAAGAAAGGGAGAAAAAAGAUUUAAAAAAAAAACAAAUCGAAUCUCAUUGUCAGAAAUGAGACGCGCCUAUCACUUUGUGUACGUAGCCAUGUCGCCGACGCUACCAAGCGAUGUAUAUCUUGUAUAUCAAUAAAAAGAUGCGAUUACCGU